AUAAACUAAUGAUUCUUUUUUUGUAUAUCUAGCUUUGUUGAGAUCAGCAAUCAUGUUUUGGCUCCUCAUCUCAACUCUCCUCACCCUCUCCUCCUGCCUUUCUCGACAAUAUUACUUUGUGGAUAUUAGCAUGACCUGGACUGAGGCACAGACGUACUGCAGACAGAACUACACUGAUCUAGCCACACUUGAGAAUGCAGAAGACACAAGCAGGUUGAUUGCUGCUGCUGUGAACAGUGGUUAUAAUGGACUUGCUUGGAUUGGGCUGUAUGAAGAUUUAAUGGAGAACUGGAGAUGGUUUUUGGAAGAUGACACUCUUUAUGGGCCAGGAGAAAAAGAUUACAGGAAUUGGUCAAAUCUCUGGAGCCCAGAGCCAAAUAAUGCUGGUGGGAAUGAGAUGUGCACACAUAUGUAUCCACAAGGGGUUUGGAAUGAUCUUCCUUGUAAUGUCGGACUCUAUUUCGUUUGCUAUAACAAAGCCACUAACAGUCAUGUUGUGAUUACAUCAUAUAUGACUGUCUCUAAUGCUCGUCAGUACUGCAGACAGUAUUACACAGACCUGUCCAUAAUCAGGAACCAAUCAGAGAAUCAACUGAUCACAAAUUUGUUAGCAGGAUACUACAGCGCUUGGAUCGGUCUUUACAGAAGUAGACUGUGGUCAGACCAGAGCAAGUCUGCUUACGAGAACUGGAUAACUGGACAGCCAGAUAUGGGUGCUAUUAAAGACUGUAUUGCUGUGUCUCUGAAUAAAUCUGGACAAUGGAGUGAUGAGAACUGCAGUCUAAACCUUCCUUUCUUCUGUUAUAAAGAUUCAUCGCUGACUACUCAGGUUACUACUGCUGGACCCCUCUCCUCAGAACCCACCUUGAACUCUACAGGUAGUACUACAGGUCCCCUCUCAUCAGAAACACAUUUGUACUCUACUGAUACUACUGCUGGACCUUUCUCAUCAGGACCCACCUUGAACUCUACAGGAAUUACUGCUGCACCCUACUCGUCAGGACCUACCUCAAACUCUACAGAUACUACUGCUGGACUCCUCUCGUCUGAACCCUCUAAAAAAAAUGUGAUGAGAAUGCGGGUUAGUUUCACCUCUGUGAGAAACCUGACUGAUGCUGAGAUUGAAAAUCUUAUACUGCUGCAACUCCAGACUCAGCUGAUAAACAAAGGGCUUCCAAGCAACACCAAGCUGCUUUUGAAAAAAGUUCUUAAGAGAAACAAUGACACAUUAUAAUCAACCUGUGUGAGGAACUGCAAAAUUAGUUACUGUACUUCAAGACUUAAAAUUGAAGAGUUUUACUGUCAUGUGCACAGAAACAGGCAGUUACCCUGUACAAAGAAUUUCUUAUUUUGCUAAAAUACCACUAAUACUUUUUCUAUUGUAUAUUGUCUUAUUUAAGUAUUUUAUCUUAAUCAAUAUUUAGCAUGAUCAAUAAGUUAUCUAGUUAUACAAAAAAUGUAUGUUACUUUGUGGACUAUCUGAGAUGUUUUAUCUUCACAUAAUCUAUCUAUGCAUUUUAACCAUAGACAGAAACCUGCGGGGCCAUGGAUGAGCUCUGUUACACAAGGCAUAAAUAUUUGGCCAGAACAGACUGAUGAUUAGACUGGGGAAGGCUGAAAUAGGCUGGCUGAGAACUUUAAAGCACUUAGGACCCUGUUAACUGAUUAGGAGGGGAUGCUAGCUUUCUGACCAAAGCCAAGACAGGAAGUUCAUUCUGGUUAUUUUGCAUAGUCAGAACUCUGAAACCUCACUGUUUGGAUAAUUUAUCCCCUUAAACUUUGAUUAAUAUUUCUUUAUUUUUCAUUAUCCUAUUUUUGCACUUAUGAUGAAUCUGGUGUCAUCUCAUUUGACUAAAUAUUUCCCAGCACUGUUAGGAAAAAUAGUGGUGCAUAAAGCAAAAACCUACUUACACCACCUCCAGCAUCCUGGUCUGUUUACACAAUGCAGGUUGGUUUUAUGCUGUUGGUGCCAAAUUCCGACACAGCCAUCCUUAUAUAUCAGCUGAUAUUGAGAUUCAUCAGACCAGACUUUGUUCUCUGGUCUUCUAUUGUCCAUUUUUACUGUCUGUGCCACUUACUCCUCAUCUGUGAGUUUUUAUCUGAGAUGCUUUAGCCCUUUUUUAAGCUUAAACAAGUCUGGCAAUUUUCAGC